UUGCGGGGGAUCAUGAUAAAGUCUGCCUAUUUUUUCCAUAAAUUACUCAGGAUAAAAUAACUUACAUGGACUUAUUUGCUGGCUAACCGUUGGAUGUCGUCCAUUUUAGGUUGUGAGCUUGAGCAGAGCAAACGGAAAAGUGUUAUGGCGGCGCUAGUGACGCUUGGGGUGGUGCUGUUGCGGCUGCUGGUGCAGUGAAUGGUAAUAGGGCCUUGGUAAUAACUUUUUCUGAUUUGGCCGAAUUGCUGAAUUGGAUACCGCUGCCGGCCUUGCCGCUGCUUGGCCGCUGCCCGCUGCCCUUAACUGUUGCAUAAGUGUGGUGCUGUGAGGGUACAGUUUUGAUUGUGCUUCAGGAUCUGCCGUUUCGAUUUGUUGUGUGGUGUGCGCGCGAGCAGCCGUGUCCUGCGUCGACCGGUGGUGCGUUGCGGUGCUCCCCGGCGGUGGCUGUGAGUGUGGUGAGUGUGCGGUGCGGGCGGCCGUGUGCUGAGCGGCUGACGGGUCGGCCCCGGUGUACCGAGUGAGAGCGGGCGCGCAGUGCCGGGCGGCGAGACGCGCCCCGCGCGCGGCGCCGGCCAUGUCGCAGCUGGACCUGUUCCUGCCGCUGCUGGCCACCUCCGACACCAAGAAGAAGCUGUCCAUCAGCAAUGACAUCAUCAACUACCUCGACCAGCCGGGCAACAGCAUCGAGUGCGAGGACAUCGGUGGCUUCAUCGACGGCAUCAUACCAUGGAUGAACCAGAGCAACUUCAGGGUAUCUCAGAAUGGUCUGGAGAUCAUGGGUCUGUUGGUGAAGAGGAUGAAAGCCGACUUCCGGCCGUACGUCAACGCCGUGCUGCCCGACGCCGUCGACAGGCUAGGCGACUCCAAGGAGAGUGUUCGGGACAAGGCGCACAUCCUGCUCAUCAUGCUGAUGCUGCACACGAUGUCGCCGCAGCUGAUGUUUGAGAAGCUGACGCCGGCCUUCUCGCACAAGCUGGCCAAGGUGCGAGAGGAGGUGAUGGUACUCCUGCAGAACGCCCUGGCAGAUCACGGCGCUCACGCCAUCCAGCUGUCGCGGCUGCUGCCCUCCGUGGUGAAGCUGCUCAGCGACCCGGCCGCGCCCGUCCGAGACACCGCCUUCAACACGCUCGUCGAGGUCUACAAACACGUCGGCGAGCGGGUGCGGCUCGACCUGCAGAAAAAGUUCAGCGUCCCACCGGCCAAACUGGGGCCGCUGAUGGCCACGUUUGACCAGGUGAAAGAGUCGGGCCAAAUGAUGCCAACCGCCACGCUGACGCUGGGACCCGCCGCUGACAGCUCCAAACGGGAUGAUGAGGAUGAGGUGGACCGGAUGGCGGUCAAGUCGGCGGCCUCGAGGUCUACCAGCGCGCCGCCCGUGCGCCGCGUACCGCCGCAGAAGGCGGCCGGCGCGAACGGCACGCUGCCCUCGGGCGCCACCACGCCGGGCCUGCGUCCCAGGGCGGCCCGCCCGAGGUCGCCCAGCAUCGACCGCCGCACACCCGACGCCGCCCGGGUCCGUCGGGUGCCGUCCCUCGUCUCCCGAAAGCCGUCGGCCACGUCGUCCGCCUCGAGCACAGCGGCCGGCGCCAUAGACGAGGCCAUGUUCAUCUCCGCCUUCGAGGACGUGCCAAAGGUGACGUUGUACUCUCACAAGGACCUGGAGGACCACAUGGUGAAGAUACGCGAGACAGUCAGCCAGCCGUCCAACCCGUGGGACAAGCGUAUCGAGGCGCUGAAGAAGCUGCGCAGUAUCCUGAUCGCCGGCGGCACCAACUACGACGAGCUGUACCAGCACCUGCGGUUGAUGGAGCCGGCGCUGCAGCUUACUGUCCAGGAUCUCAGGUCCCAAGUGGUACGCGAAGGGUGCAUCACCAUCGCGUAUCUUUCCCAGCAGCUGGGCCACCGGGUGGACCACGUCUGUCUCUCGCUACUGCCCUACCUUAUCGAGCUGAUUCCAAACAGUGCCAAGGUAAUGUCCACAUCGGGCGUGGUGGCCAUCCGGUUCAUCAUCCAGAACACGCACUACGCCCGCCUGAUCCCCAUCAUCACCGGCCAGCUAAGCAGCAAGUCUCGCGAGAUCCGGCGCGCCUGCUGCGAGUUUCUCGAGCAGCUGCUCACCAGCUGGCCAACACAGGCGCUCGAGCGGCACGUGGCAGUCAUCCAGGAGGCCGUCCGGAAGGGCGUCUCGGACGCCGACAGCGAGGCGCGCGCCGUCAGCCGCAGAGCAUACUGGGGAUUCGCCGACCAUUUCAAGGAACAAGCAGACUCUCUACUGAACUCGUUAGACUCUCAACACAAGAAACUACUGGCUGGUGAAAUGUCCAAAUCCAGUUCGAACAACUCGCUCACAGGGCCGUCGGCGAUCCGUGUGUCGCACGCGGCGCCGGUGAGCUCGCGGUCACGGGCCUCGUCGCGCGCCGGCAGUCAGGAGAACCUGAGCAGUCGGACCACCUCCCUGCCGCGGCGCAGUCACAUCCCGCAGCCGAGCCCGCCCAAACCCGACAGAGGCGGCGGCGAGUCGGCGACCGCCGGCCAGUCGCCCGCCUCCUACCGCUCCACGUCGGCCAUCGACCUGCAGGCGGCGCAGCGGGCGCGCGCCCGCGCCCAGUACGCCGCCGCGCAGCGCAUGCGUGUCGGCUCCGGCGUCAGUCUGCCGCGGCCGCGGAAACUGACAGCGGCCAGUCCGGCGCGCGGCCCUCCCCCCGCCGCCGCCGGCUCCACCGAGUCGCCGAGAACGCCGCGGAACCGCGGCCGGAGAGUGACCCAGAGUCAGCCGGGCAGCCGUAGCGGCUCUCCGUCCUCGCGUCUCAGUUACGCCACGUACACGUCGGCGGCGGCCGGCUCACCGGGCGACGCGCACACGGCCGGCCGCACGCGGCGCCGCUCGGGCAUCCCGCGCUCGACGGGCACCUCGCGCGAGCCAUCCCCGCACCGGCUGCCGGCCGUGGGCGCCGCCGGAUCGGCCGGCUCGGCCAGAUCUCGGUCGAUAGCGGGCGGGACGGAGGCGGUCCACGGCCGGCCGGUCACCGUGCACAAGAUCCUGCAGCAGAGCAGGGAGGCCGAGUCGGCACUGGCAGACGCCCUGUCGGACGAUGACGCCUUCAACGAGCCGCUCUCGCUCAGCGAUGGCGCGCUGCUCGAUGCGACGACGCGCACGCCGCGGCCGUUCCGCUCGUUCGACGACCAUUCUGACGAGUCCGAGACGAGCAGCGUGUGCUCGGAGCGCUCCUACGAGUCGGCCAACCGGCGGGAGUACGCCUCCGGCUGGCACGGCGGGCCGCCCAGCCUCUCCUCCGGCCGACUGAGGGACGUCUGGGAGGACAGCGGACAGCAGGACGUGGGUGAGGUGAUCGCCAGCCUGGCGGCCACCCAGUGGGCAGACCGCAAGGACGGCCUGCUCGCCCUGCAGGCCGUGCUCCGGUCCAACCGCAUGCUGACCGCCUCCGAGCUCAAACGCAUCACAGAGAUCUUCACCAAGAUGUUCAUGGAUACCCACACCAAGGUGUUCAGCAUCUUCCUGGACGCGCUGCAGGAGCUGGUGGUGCAGCACCACGACGACCUCGGCGACUGGCUCUACGUGCUCGUCACCAGGCUGCUCAACAAGCUCGGCGCCGACCUGCUCGGGUCCGUCGUACAGAAAAUCAACAAGACACUCGACAUCGUUCGGGCGUCGUUCCCGCACGAGCAGCAGCUGCACUGCGUGUUCCGGUUCCUGCUGGACCAGACGCAGACGCCCAACACCAAGGUGAAGGUCAAUACGCUGCGCUACCUGCGCGCCGUGCUCGACUCGAUGGACGCGGCCAGCUUCCCGGCCGACGACCCCGACCUGCCGCUGGCCGUCACCAAGGUGAUUGGCUGGACGACCGACCAGAAGUCGGUGGACAUCCGGAACUCUGCCAAGGGCGUGGUGGUGGCGCUGUUCAACCUGAACACGCCGCACUUCACGCGGGUCCUCUCGCAGCUCUCCAAGCUGUACCAGGACACGGCCUCGGAGGUGAUGCAGCAGCACCUGCGGCGGCGCGCCAGCAUCGACCAGUCGGCGGCGCUGAUGCGCGCCCGCUCGCCCGGCUCGCCGAUGGCGCCCUCGAACGGCGGCCCGGCGGGCACGUUCCCGCGCGCCGGCGGGCCGCGCUCGCUGACCCGACUGCGCAGCGACCCGGACGACACGGAGAACCUCAACCCGGAGGAGUUCUACAGUGAUGGGACACAUUGUGAAGGAGGGUCCCUGCGGCGCACCACGGCCGAGAUUCAGAACUACAGUUUCGACGGCCGCGACACCGGCCCCAAGGCGGAGCCGGAGCGCGACUCGACCUCGCAGGACUCGGGUAUCAGCCAGAUGUCUCUGGCGCUGGAGCGCACGGAGCUCUCCUCUGCCGAGCGGACCGAGUCGCGCUCUCCGGCCCGGCUGCGCGCGCUGGGCGAGCCGGCCGCCGCGCCGCCGCCGGCCGCCGACGAGCCGGCCGAGCCGCUGGCCGACGAGGCCGAGCUGGUCAUGACGGUGCUGGCCGAGCUGAACGCCUCGCACGGCGACCGCAACACGCCCGAGCGGCGCAACGCGCUGCUGGCCGUCUGCCGGCUGGCCAAACAGGGCUCGGCGCAGCUCUGGAGCGAACACUUCAGGACGCUGCUGCGGCUGCUGCUGGAUAACCUGCGCGACGGCUCGGGUCCGGUGCGCGAGCUGGUGCUGGCCGCGCUGACGGAGAUGCUGCGCCGCGACUGCAUCACGCCGCUCUUCCACCCGUUCAUCGAGCUCAUCUUCCUGCGCGUGCUGGACGCGCACCGGGAGCCGUCGGAGCGCGACGUGGUGCGCGCCGCCGAACAGUGCGCCGCCGUGCUGGCCGGGCGGCUGCCGGCCGAGAGCGUCGUGCGCGUGCUCAACCCGCUGAUACAGACGGGCGAGUACCCGGUGAACCAGGCGGCCAUCAAGACGCUGACCCGACUGAUGGAGCAGCACAGCCGACACCUGGUCAUCAGCUGUCUGCCGGAGAUUAUGCCCAGCCUGCUCAAGGCGUACGACAACACGGAGUCGUCGGUACGGAAGGCUGCCGUGUUCUGCAUGGUAACCAUCCACACGCUGUGCGGCGAGGAGGCCAUGCAGCCGCACCUGGCCACCCUGAACGCCACCAAACUCAAACUCCUCAACCUGUACAUCAAGCGCGCCCAGACGCAGAGCAACCCGGGCACGCCGCGCACCAACCCCGGCUCGCCCAAGUAGGCGGCGCCGCCUGUGAUCGGCUCGGCUCGGCUCGGCGGCCGCCGGGCUGCACCGGGCCGCCGCCGGCGCGCGGCCGCGGUCGCCGCGUGAUCAGGCGCCCCACUCCGUUUUCCAUUUUAUUAUUUGCCAUAAUAGUGCGUGCGCGCGCGCGUGCAGUGCGAUAGGACGCUAACUGGGGGAGGUGCUAGUCACACGGACACGGACGGAGACCGGGUGGGGGGUCCGGCGGCGCCGGCCACCGCGCCGCCGCCGCCGCCGCUGACACUGAGAGAGGGCAGGAUUAACGUGUACUAAACGGGCGGCCGGCCGGCGCGCCGCCGGACCGGCCGCCCAACCGACGACUGAGAUCAUGCUUCUUCGCUGAGAGUAAUCUGUGAUGUCGCUGCUGGCUCGCGCAGAGAACAGCUGUGUAAUUAUUUUACUGUGUAUUCAUCAUCUAAUAAUAAACGUCGACGUAGGA